GACCAGAUACUGUAGGUUCUUCUCUUAUUCGUCUCUGAACCUGCAAAACACAUUUCUUAAUACCCAAUAUACUUAAUCACACAUCGCCAUUUACUACAGUAUGUAGCAUCCAUAGUCUGUCACAAACAACUGCACAAAGAACACACAGCAUACUGCACUGCAGGUGUCCAUCCCACAAAGACUACAGUCUAGUUCGAGUUGUGCAUCUCUUUGAAACAUCUGCAGCUUAAGACCAGUGAAAAAGGAUUCCUUUUCCAACUGAAAAUUAAUUGCACUAAUAUGUCCCUAUUUGAAAACAGUGAAAAUUCCAUUUCAAUUGCAAAGUGUAUAAUUAAAAAGGGACAGUGAAAUCCUGUACGGUGGCCUACAAAACUGUAGAUGAGAAUCCCAGCUUGUAUUGACUAAAAGGCAGCUCAAGAGGGAGUUGCACAGUAGUCGUGUGGUGAGAACUGUGCUGGUCCAAUCUUCUGACCUUUUUAGACUGCAGCACAAUGAGCCUUUCAGAAAUAACAACCAACACAUUUUACAGAAGCAGUGCUCUUGCAAAGACAGAAAGAGUGCGCUGUUCUUUUUUUAUUGUUAUGACUGCUUUGCAGUUGUGAAUACUGCUCAUGCUCUUAAAUCUGAUUUUAAUUAAUUUUGCAUCAAAAGCGUUCCACCAGGAAAUGCAGAUAAGAUGCACAGAGAGAAAACAGAUGGUGUGAGUUGCUGGUGUGCUGCAAGGGAUGAAGCAACACCCUUUCUGCAACCCAGUCAGGUCAGCAGAGUCCAGCCGUUCCACCAGAUGGAUCAAACGGAAGACUAGGAGAGGGAUGGCUCCAUGACGGAUAUCAGAAAGCAAAGGAGUACAAUGAUGGCAGAAGAGGGAAUAAAAGGUAGAUGCUUCUCUUGGCUGUUCCUUGUAGAAGAGAUGGGACCCAACCUUUGUGACUGGAACUACACAAAAUUACACAUCUGCAGCGCUUUUACGCAGAAACGCCAACAACCAUUCUGCUACAUAAAACAGUGAUCUGAAAUAAGAUAGCAUCAAAACAGAUUGCAGAGUCUAAAUGAAGGUGUUCAGCCAUGCAAUGUUCCUGGAAGGCUGUUCUUCUGCUAGCAUUGGCUUCCAUAGCAAUCCAGUACACAGCGAUUAGGACAUUCACAGCCAAGUCUUUUCAGAUCUGCCCAGUGCCGAGUCCGCUGAACUGUGGCUUGGGACAAGAAACUGAUUCUUUUGACAGGCUUUGUGACGAGUACCCUUACUUUGCCUACAAUAUCUCCAGGAAGACUCAUAUCCUGAUCUUGGCUACUACAAGAAGUGGGUCGUCUUUUGUUGGGCAGUUAUUUAAUCAGCAUUCUGAUGUGUUCUACUUGUUUGAGCCUCUGUACCAUGUGCAGACAACACUGAUACCCCGCCUCUCCCACAGCAAAAACACUGCUGACAGAAGGGUGAUGCUGGGGGCCAGCAGGGACCUCCUGAGAAGUCUGUACGAUUGUGAUUUGUACUUUCUAGAAAGCUACAUUAAACCCCAGCCGGUGAACCACACCACUGACAAACUCUUCCGAAGGGGAGCGAGUAAGGCCCUGUGCUCCCCACCGGUGUGUGAUGCAUUCCGCCCCAGUGAGGUCAACAUUGAGGAAGGGGAUUGCGUAAAAAAAUGCGCUUCUCUAAACAUGACUUUGGCUGCGGAUUCCUGCAAGGACCGGAGGCAUGUUGCCAUCAAAACAGUCCGGGUUCCAGAAAUCAGCGACCUCAGGGCGUUAGUUGAAGACCCCAGGCUGAACCUGAAAAUCAUUCAGCUGGUUCGAGAUCCAAGAGGAAUUUUAUCCUCCAGGAUCGAGACCUUCAGAGACAUCUAUAGACUAUGGAGGAUCUGGAGGGCGACGGGCAGAAAGCCGUACAACUUGGAUAUGAGCCAGCUGACGAUGGUUUGCGAGGAUUUUCUGAACUCAGUCUCCACUGGACUCAGCAAGCCACCAUGGCUAAAAGGAAAAUACAUACUGGUGAGGUACGAAGAUCUAGCGAGAAACCCCCUCCAAAAAACCAAGGAGAUAUACGAGUACCUAGGAAUGUCGCUGGAUGACAAUGUGGUCAAGUGGAUACAAACCAACACCCGGGGAAGUAACGAGCUGUCAGCGAAGCAUAAAUAUGGAACCGUGAGAGACUCGGCAGCAAAUGCAGAGAACUGGAGGUUAAAACUCCCUUAUGAAAUGGUAGAUUACACCCAAACUGUUUGUCAGCAGGUUCUAAACCAGCUGGGGUACAAGAUGGUAGAAUCCCCCGAGGAGCUGAAAAACAUGUCAGUGACAUUGGUUGAGAACAGAACUUUUUUACCUUUUUUGUAAUGAAGGGAGUGGGGGACAACUAUUUUUAUAUAUUUAUAAAUGUUGCCUUAAUUUGUUUCAGAUUUGCACUAAAUGUCCAAAACCUUGAAGGCAUCUUAAGGGUAAUUUAUCAUCAGCACAACCUUCAUACAUAUACUGGACUAAAACAUGUGAUGCUGUAUGCUGUUUACAAAUUUUAAAAUGAAGUACAAGAAAAUAAUGUUUGUUGAUUUAUAAAAGACCAUUAUUUUACUUCAGCAACAAAACUAAAGCACCAUUCUUCUCUAAAUUAUUGUAUGCUGGCUUGUUGCAUUGACAAAAGUGAAUGUUACUGUUUGUCCAUUUUAAGUAAUUGGACCCAAGAAGUUGUUAGAAAAUGUACUUAUUUCCUGUGGCUAAAAUAUUCAAAAAACUGUAUGAGACCAACUGUGCAAUAAACCUUUGAAUGUUGCAGUCAACCUUUAA